AUGUCGCAGUCUCGGUCAGGCGCUCGACAGGAAACUUGUCGCUCUCCUACUAGUCCUAACAAUCCACUCUCUUCUACUCGUCAGCGCACUCGUGCACAGACUGCUGCGUAUCUGCUUGGUAUCCGUCCAGAACUACCCGAUGUCAAUGAUGAAGGGGCCAAUCGCAUGAAUGCAUACCAGGACACUAAGCUCGACAAAAAUAAAUAUGAACACUUAGGCUGGCGGUUGUCUACCGCCCGCCGCACGGAUCCCCCCCACUGGCUUUUGACUGUCUAUGAUAUCGAUAGUGCAUUCAGGGAUGCGAGGGCGGCCCAGACCUCUGGGAGACAAUGUAAGAAGAUCACUAUUGUAAUCAUCAAUACGAAACCCACACCAAAAGAAAAACCAACUAAACAAAGCGCAGGCAUAUCUUCUGCAAGCAAGCAGGGGCUUUUACCGCCCAGGAUACUUGUGAUCUCCGACGAGGCACUUGUCGAACGACAAGGACACUCUGUCCCUCAAUCGCUGAAGAGGACGUAUGCACUUUACCUGGAUAGCGAUGAGGAAUCCAGUAACGAUGAACCGUCGCAAAAUAUCACGGACGUCAUGACGAGUAUCCACUCUCGCUAUCCUGCCAUGAACUUCCGUCAAUAUGAUGGCAAAUUGAAAGAUCGUGGCAUAUUGUACCUGUCGACUGCAGCUCAUUUUGAUAGUUUUGUUGCAAAAGCUUACCGGAAGGUGGAACACACGAAGGGGAGAAGGAAUGCUAAGGGGAAAAAGAAGGCACGAUCUAAAUUAGCCUGA